GAUGUCGUACAGACAACGGCAGGAUAACGAUGGAUAUUCACCUGGAAGAUAUCAACCGCCAACAGUACCGAGGACUCGCUCCUCUUUUCAGACACCCCCCGUUACAGCGCCCAGAAUAAAAACCGAACAACAAAGGGCAUCAGUUUCCAUUGACCCGAUGAAUCGAAUAAGGGAAAAUCAACCUAGGCAUACCUCGCUUGACGCAGGUAUGAAUGCAGCUAUACGGCCAAGAGAAAAACGCGUCCCAGCCCACUCUCCUAACACAUCGUUUGAUGGAUCCCAUUCAACAGAUGGUGCGGGCUUAUCUCCCAGAGAUCAUAAACCGAAAUUUACCGAGUAUACGGGAGGCUAUUUACCAGAACCUGUCAAUUCUUCCAGGUUCAGGGAUGUUACGUCACCUAGUCGAAGUCGAUAUAGUGAGGAACGUGAACAAAAGUUCAACUCAUAUCGAAGUAGCGAAAGCCCAUCCGCAACUGCUAAAUUUGAGAAGAGUAGAAUAGAAGUUUUGAAAGCCGAACUCAUGCUGAAAAUAUACUGUUUACAGGCUGGUUUACAUGUAAACGAUCUCUUUACCGACUUGGCUGACGGUAAAUUAUUAUUGAGGCUUCUGGAAAUUAUUUCUGGUGAUAAUUUGGGUCGUCCGAAUAAGGGAGUUUUACGUGUUCAAAAAAUUGAAAAUGUCAACAGGUGCCUCGAAUACUUACGUUCCAAGGUUUAUUGGGAAAAUAUUGGAGCCGAGGACAUAGUAGAUGGUAAAUCCAGCUUAAUUCUAGGCCUUAUAUGGACAAUCAUUUUACGUUUUCAAAUCCAGGAUAUUGAAAUUGAACUGGAUGAAGAUGAUGAAAACAGUGAAAAAAAAUCGGCUAAGGAUGCUUUAUUACUAUGGUGUCAAAGGAAAACGGACGGCUAUCCAGGUGUUAAAAUCGAAAAUUUCACCUCUUCCUGGAGAAAUGGUUUGGGCUUCAACGCUCUCAUUCAUCGUCAUAGACCAGAUCUUAUCAAUUAUGAAAGACUCAGUCCUCAAGAUCAUAUGGGCAAUUUAAACAAUGCCUUCGAUACAGCUGAAAAUCAACUAGGCAUAGCAAGAUUACUGGAUGCUGAAGAUGUCGAUGUCAGAAUGCCUGAUGAGAAAUCUGUUAUGACUUACGUUGCGGCCUAUUACCACUUCUUUGCAAAAAUGAAAUCUGAACAAACUGGCGGUAAACGUAUUGCUAAGAUCAUGCAGGAUCUUAUGGCAAUGGAGACGAUGGAAGACAGUUAUGAGACUUACGUUAGUAAUUUACUAGAAUGGAUAAGAGAAAAAAUUGAACAACUAUCUGAUCAUACUUUUCCCAAUUCCCUUGAUGGUAUACAACAAGAAAUGGCUCGUUUUAAGCAGUACAGAACGGUUGAAAAGCCUAUGAAAUAUGAAGAGAGAGGAAAGCUGGAGGCCCACUACUUUAAUGUUCAAGCCAAGCUAAAAGCUUCAGGUCGAAGGCAAUAUGUUCCUCCUGAAGGAAAGAUGAUAAACGAUAUUGAAAGUGCUUGGAAUUUGUUAGACAAAGCAGAACAUGCUCGUGAGAAAGCUAUGAGAGAAGAAUUAAUUAGACAGCAAAGAUUAGAGCAACUCGCCAUAAGAUAUGACAAGAAAGCCUCUCUAAGAGAAUCUUGGUUAUCGGACAUGGCUGGUGUCAUAACUGACCUUACACCUCAACAAGAAACAACGACGCAUAUUGAAGGAGCUGUUAAACGACAUCAAGCUGUUGCUGCUGAUAUCUCAGCUAGAAAGGAUAGAUUUGAAGCUUUGAAAGUUAUGUGCAAUGAAUUGAAAAAAGAAAAUUAUUAUAAAAAGAAUGAGAUAAAUGAUAGAACGGAAGAAAUAUUAAACAAUUGGCAGCAACUUCAAGAUGCUCUUGACAGAAAGCAAAAAGGAUUAUCUUCUCUUAACGAGUUGUUAGCCAUGUUAAGAGAGAUAGACAAUCUCUUUUCUGAGUUAGAAGAAGUGCAUAAUUCUGUAAAAAAUACAAAUACUGGACGGCACCUAGUAGCUGUAGAAGAUUUAUUACAAAAACACGCGCUCUCCGAGGCUCAAUUAGACACUAUUUCAAGUAGGUCAAAAGCACUUAACAAGAGAGGGCAGUCGAUAAUACGACAGGUCACACACGAGGCUAAUUUACUUAAGAAACGUUUGGAAGCCCUCUCCCGUGAAGUUGAAAAUACGCAAAUUUUAACAACUGAACGACGCAAAGCGUUAGAAAGCGCCAGAAGAUACUUCCAAUUUCUUCAAGACUGUGAAGAAGAGGAGGUAUGGCUGGUUGAGAAAUGUCAAACAAUGAGAUCCCGAGACGUUGGGAUGGAUUUAACUGCAUGUACUCGGUUAAUCAAUAAACUUGAAUUGAAUGAAAAAGAAAUUCAAGCUAGGGAGCCAAGAGCCCAAGAACAUUUAUAUUCCGUAGCAGAGGAGUUAACUCGAAGCAACCACAGAGGCUCCACAGAAAUUAAUUCUAGAGUGAGAGAGGUGAAAAAUACAUGGAGAACUCUGAAAGAAUUAGUUAAGGCGAGACGUACUCUACUGGAGGACGCCUUAGAAAGUCAUCAAUAUUAUGCUGAUGCCAAUGAAGCAGAAUCUUGGAUAAGAUCAAUCGAACCCUUAGUUGAAUCGACCGAUUAUGGAAAAGAUGAAGCUGGUGCUAAAUCAUUAUUACAACGUCAUGCAAGAUUCGAGGAGGAGAUCAAAUCUUACUCCGAUGAUAUUGAGAGAUUGAAUUGUUUAGCUGCUUUCAUGACAAAAGCGGCCAACCAGCACUCGUACGACCCUGCCAGUACACCUGAUAAACGAGCAAAAUAUUCGAGCAUAACUGAAGCAAAUGACGUAGAAGUCGAAGAAGAAAUUAUUGAAGUUCCUGAACUUGUCGAAGUUGAAGAAAUGGUUGAAAAAGAAGUAAUAGAGGUUGUUGAAGAAGAGAGAAGAAUACCGCAGGCUAUUGCUCUAUACGGUUAUUCGAAAGAUGAGCUUGUUGUAAAGAAAAAUGAUACAGUUUUGGUCUUAGACCAAUCUAACGACGAUUGGUGGAAUGUCCGUGCGAUCGAUGGUUCAAGUGGUUACUUUCCAAGAAAUAGACUUCAAGUUACAAGCGAUAAGGUAGUUAUCAGAAAAGUAAAAAAGCCGGUAAUGAAGAAAGUUCCUCAAAUUGUCACCAAAACUGAAAUGAGAAAAGAAGUUCAUAAAAAAGUGAAACCAUUGAGACGAACACCUUCGAAACGAUCUCAAGGAAAUUUGCACUUUGACAAAGAGAACGUUGAUCUUCGUCAGAAAAGUAUUAACUCUGCUUACGAUCGCCUAUGCUCGUCAGGAAGAAGACGACGAAGAAUGUUGGAGGAUACCGCCUUGUACUAUAGAUUUAGUGCUGAGUGUGACUCUUUUGAAAAAUGGUUGACAGAUAAAGAAAGAAUUUUGGCAAUAAAGGAGCAAUUAUCAGAAAAAGUUAUUGAAGCUAAAAUGAAAUUUGAAGCUCUUAUAACCGACAUGGCUGCCAAUAAACCUACUCUUGACAGUAUAAACACAAUGGCAGACACCAUGCUUUCGAAAGAGCAUUCUUUAGCUCGUGAGAUUGAUUCGAGACGAAGCAAAAUCAAUGAAAGAUGGGAAAGACUUAAUUCGCUUAAAUUACAAAAAGAGAAAACUCUAAAAGGUGCAUCUAGUCUGGAGCUAUUAGGUAACACUUGUGACGAAUUAAAAGAGUGGCUGAAGGAGAAAUUGUCCACUUUGGAUGCUAUGGAUCCAAGCACAGUCCAUGAUGCUAAGUCUCUUGAAACAUUGAAAAGAAAACAUCAACAACUGCAAUCCGAAACCGGACCACUGGCUGAUAGAAUUGAUAAAAUGCAAUUAUUAGCUGAAUCUGUAAGAUCGGCCUAUCCUGAUGAGAAAGAUUGGAUAAAUGCCAAAGAGCAGUCGGUAAUGGGGCCAUGGAGAGAAUUGCAAGACAAGUUAAAUAGAAAAUGGAAUGUUCUGGAGGAAUCUGCUCAGGAUCAGUUGUUAACAGAUGCCAUCAAAGAGGCUGACCAAAGCGCAAGUGAUAUUCAUACCAAGUUGAACGAUCACCGAAAGCCUAGAGACGCAGCAGAUGCAGAGGCUAUGUUGAAAGAGCAUGCCGAUACUAAAGCAGAAAUUGAUGCCUAUGCUGAUAAAGUUGAGAAAGCAAGAUUGCGAGCUCAAGCAAUUUUAGCUGAACGACCCGACGCUCCAGGAGUAAGAGAGGAACUAGCCAGAAUGGAAGAAGAAUUAGCCAAUCUUCGUGAAGCAUGGGAAGCAAAAGAUAAGGACUUACGAGAUGCCCUUGCUUUGCAAAUGCUGAAUAAAGACGCUGAUCAAAUAGAAUCUUUGACUGCCGCAAACGAAGCUUUCCUUGAAUUUAAUGACUUGGGUCACGAUGUUGCAUCUGUUGAGGCUUUACUCAAACGUCACAAAGAAUUUGAAGAAAUCUUAAAUGCUCAAAACGAAAAAGCCAACGAAGUUGCCAAAAUAGCUGACAAAUUAAUAGCAGAAGGUCAUCCAGAUGCUGAAGCCAUAAAGGAAAGAAGAGAUAAUUUACUAGCUGGACGCGCUCGCGUCAGUGACAAAUGUGCCAACCGAAGAGAGCAACUAGAAGCUUCCCUCGAAUACUUUGAAUGGGUCAGGGCCGCUGAUGAGCUAUGUGAAUGGAUAGGCGAGAAGGAAGUUGUUGCCAAAGACGACUCAUGGAGAGAGUUGAAAAAUCUCCUUCCAAAAGUUCAAAGACACGCGGCAGUGGAGGCUGAAGUGAAAGCUAAUGCUUCACAACUAACAAAUUUAGAAGAUACAGCUAAAAAAAUUGUCAAAAGAAAACCUUCCUGUAAGAAGGACGUCAAUGAACGAAUGGAUGAUGUAAUUGAUAAAUGGAGAAAUCUAGAACUAGCCAUAGAUGAUAAAGGAACAAAACUACGCCAAGCUGCACAGCAGCAAUUAUUUAAUCAAGCUUUGGAAGACGCUUUGGGUCAGUUAGAGCGAAUGGAGCGUCUCAUUGCUAAUGACGAUAUCGGGCAAGAUUUAAGAAGUGUUAGAGAUUUACUACAACAACAUCAUGGUCUUGAACACGAUAUGGAAGUUGCAGCCGUAAAAUUAAGAGAAAUUGCCACUCAGGGAAGAGAGCUAGCCGAAGCGGGGCAUUUUGAUGCUGCUACCAUUCUUAAAGAUGUUGAAAACUUUAAUAAACGAUUCGAUGCACUUCAAGUUCCAAUGGCAGAAAGACGAAUGAAACUUGAGGAAUCUUUGGCCUUUUAUCAGUUUUUGUUUGACGCUGAUGGCGAAUUGCAAUGGAUUGAGGAACAUAAACCACUGGCAACUUCAAGAGACUUUGGUAAGAGUUUAGUGGAAGUGCAAAAAGCUCAACAAAAGCAGAUUGCUCUUGAAUCUGAAAUGUUAGCACACCAGCCUCAUCUAGAAAAAGUGAUUGAAACGGGGACAGUCUUAGUUAAGGACAAUCAUCCCAAAUCAACUGAAAUUGAAGCGAAAUCGAACAAUGUUAUGAAUGAAUGGAAUAAACUAAAGAACUCAACACAUGACAGGAAAGAACUUGUCGAAACAGCAACGAAGAGAGAAGAAUGGCAAAAUAAUGCUGCUGAAGCAGGAAAUUGGUUAAAAGAGAAAAAAGACUUGGCCGCCAAUCCUGAUUACGGAAGAGAUGAAGAGGCCUCAAACAAGCUGCUAACUAAGCAUAAGGCCCUUGAAGAAGAAUUGGAUGGCUAUUGUCAAGCUAUAGAUAAUCUUCAUAAAGAUGCCUCCAAAUUGAAACGUCAAAUGUCUGAACCGGGCAUGGCGUCAAUAGGAGACAAAGAACAAGAACUUGAUGAAAUGGCCGAAACUGUAAGAAGUCUUUGCAGAGAAAGACAUAUGCAAUUAGACGAAAUGAAGAAAUUGCAUCACUAUAACAGAGAAGCUGAUGAAAUUCUUGAUUGGAUUAAUGAGCAACUGAACCAAGCAGAUGGUGAAGAUUAUGGUACCGAUUAUGAACACUGCCUUAGAGUUUUGGACCGAUUUAGACAGCUUCAACAAAAUGUUGAUGCUGGAGCCCCUCGAUAUGAAGCUGUUAAAAUGUUGGCUCAAGAACUUGUUGAUAAUGGAUCCCCUCAUUCUGACACAAUUACUGAAAAACAAAAGAGUGUUGAUGACUCAUGGCAAGCGCUACAGGACCAAUUAGAAAUACGAGAGGCCAAACUCCAAGGAGCCGCAGAAAUCCACCGAUUUAACAGAGAUGUUGAAGAGGCUUUGUCCAGAAUCAAUGAGAAAUAUUCUGAUAUCAGUGAUUUGGAAACAGGCCGAGACAUGGCUGCUACUCUUCACUAUAUAAAACAGCAUGAUGCAUUUGAAACUGAGUUAGUUGCUUUAGACACGCAUGUUCAGAUGGUAAUAGAUGACAGUAAACGUUUACAAGAAAAAUUUCCAGGCGGAAAUGCCCAAAAUAUGGCUGAACAGCAGGCAAUUGUUUUAGAAAACUGGGAAAUUUUAAAGAAAGCUGCUGAAGACCGAAAAGAGAAACUUGCACAGGCCUUGGAAUACUGUCGUUUUCUUGCAAAUGCCAGAGAUUUUCAAAUCUGGGCAAAAGGAGUUGAAAAGCAAAUGGAGAAUGAACCAGUUGCAAGAAAUGUUGCUGCUGCAAAGGAACUUUUGAAUGAACAUGCUACACUGAAUUCAGAGAUAGAUUCUAAAAAGGAUGACUUUGAUAAACUUGAAAAGGCUGCUAACAAAAUGAUAAAUGACCAGCACGAAUGUAGCAAAGAUAUCAAGGAGAAAGUCUCCAAUUUUUGUGAAUUAUAUACAAACAUUUGUGAUCUAUCAAAAGUCAGAAAUGAAAAAUUACAAUACUUACAUGAUAAUCAAGUUUUCAAACGUGAUGUACAACAACUCGAUGCUAUCUCAGCUUCUCAAGAAGCUUUACUAUCAUCCACUGAUGUUGGCCAAACUGUGGAACAAGCUGAGACUUUAGUUAAGAAACACGAAGCUUUUGAAAAUUUACUGGCAUCUCAAGACGCUAAGAUGGUUGCUCUUGAAAAUGCUGCUAAGAAAGUUCUUGAUUCGCCAGAAUCACAAGGUAAAACUGAUGAAGUAACAGACGAACUCGCCAGAAUCAGAGAUAGACGUGAAAAUGUUAAGGAAUCGUCAAAAGCCCGGAUGCAAGCUCUUGAAUUGGGUGUUUUACAUGCAAAAUUCCUACGAGACGCCGCUGAAAUCGAGAGCUGGCUUGAUUACAGACUAGAGACGGUUACGAAGAGCGAAUCAUUUGCUAAUAUAUCCGACUUAAGGGAAAAAAUGAAAAAAUUGCAAAGACAUCAAGCUUUCGAAGCAGAAAUUUUAGCCAAUGAACCGAGGGUUCAGUCCUUGGCUGAAAAUGGAAACACUUUAAUAAGAAGAAAACACCCAGAUGCUUCUAGUGUUCAGCAAAGAGUAAAUGCUUUAGUAACGCAAUGGAAUGAUCUUGUUAAAGCAACUGCAUCAAGGGGACGAGGAUUGGAAGAAGCAAAAGAUAUUCUAAAAGUUACAGAAGAAGCUGAUGCAAUUGAAACAUGGUGUAGAGCUAAAGAGACCCUUAUUGCAGCUCAUGAUCUUGGAAAAGAUUAUGAACACUGUUUAAAACUUAAAAAACGAUUAAGAGAACCUGAAUCAAGCUUUGCCGUUGACGAAGAAAGAGUUGACGCUUUAAAUAAACUCGUUGAACAGUUGAUUCAACAAGGCAGACACGAUCACAAUGCCAUUAACGAACGGAGAAAUUCUGUUGUUGAACGGUAUCAUAAUGUUGAUGAAGGUCUCAAAAAAUAUGAAAAAGAAUUGGAUGCAGCUUUAGAAGUUCAUAUUUUCAACAGAGAUGUAGAUGAUAUCAAAGAAAGGCUUAAUGACAAGAUUAUGUUAUCACAAUGGAGUGAUCCAAAUGCAAGUACAGAGCAUUUGGAUACAGAUCAAUCUGAGCUCCUUGCCGUAUCCGUCAACGAUUUGGGACGAGACGUUGCUACCGUUGAAAGUCUGCAACGGAAGCAAGACGACAUUGAAAAAGAUAUGACUGUAAUUAAAGACAAGCUGUUGAAUUUGGAAGAAGAAGCUGAGAAUUUGGCAAAGAAGUAUCCGGAACACGUUGAAAAAUUGCAAUCUGAAAUUGCUGGUGCUAAUGAGUUAUGGAACAAAUUAGAUAAUGCAGUUGUCGAAAGAAGAACGAAUUUGUCUAAAUCGUACGACUUGCAUAGAUACUUAGCAGAAGCAAAGGAACAUUCUAGCUGGUGUAACAACUUACAACACAAGGUUGAAACACCUGAGAUGGCAACUACGGCUAUUCUAGCUGAGCAGCUUAUUGCCUCACACGGUGAUAGAAGAUCUGAGAUUGAUGCUCGUCAAUCUCAUCAUGAUUCGUUAGUUCGUCGAGGCAGAGAGCUUUUGGACGUUGUUGACAAGAAAAGUAUCACUGACGUUGGAAAUGCUUUGGAAAAUGUUGAGAAGAGUUGGUCAAAUCUUGACAGCAGUUGGAACGAAAGAAAAGCCCUUUAUGCUCAAUGUUUAGACUUUUGCAUUGUUCAAGAAUAUGCUGAUCAAGCUGAUGCUUGGUUAGCAGAAAAAGAAGGAUUUUUGGCCAAUCAGGAUCUUGGAAAUAGUGUGUCGUCUGUUCAGACCCUUAUAAAGAAACACGAAGCAUUUUCUCAAACUCUUCACGCUCAAAAGGACAAAAUUGCCUCUGUUGAACAACUUGCUGAUGCAAUUCUCAAAGAGACACAUUACGCCCAUGAUCAAGUAGUUGCAAGAAAAGAAGGCGUACUCAAAAGAUUUGAUCGAGUCAAGGAGCUGUGCCUCUCCAGAAAAGAUAAAUUAGAAAAAGCAUUAAUUUACGAGCAGUUUGUUCGAAAUAUGUACGAUAUUGAGGUUUGGAUAAAAGAAAAAAUGACAAUUGCCAAAGAUGAAGUGGACAGGGAUGGUGCUAAUCUACAAUCUAAGCUUAAAAAACACGCAGCUUUUGAAGCUGAACUUAGAGCUAACAAACAAAGGGUCUUAGAUAUAGAAUAUGAUGUUAAUCAACAAACUAACCACUAUAACUAUGAUUUGCUAACUGAACGAGUUGAAGAACUUAAAAAGGACUUUCACAACCUUGAAGAAGCCAGCAAACAAAAAAGAGAACGUUUAGAGCAAGCGUGCGACUCCCUCCAUCUGCAAAGACAAUGUGAUGACGUUGAUGCAUGGAUUGAUGAUGUUGAAAAUCAAUUAGCUUCGGAAGAACAUGGAAGAGACGUUACAAGUGCAAAUUCCUUAUUGAAACGACACCAACAAUUAGAUUUAGAUAUUCAGUCGUAUAGCGAGAAAGUUAAAGAAUUGUGCGAUAGCGCUAAUGGAAAGAGUCAUUAUUGGUGUGCUGAAGAUCUCACUAAGAGAACCAAUGCCUUGAAGGAACGGUAUGAUGCGCUCUCUGAACCUUAUCAAAUACGUUCAGAUAACUUACACGAUGCUCUUCUAUUCUACUCUUGGUUAAGAGAUGUGAGUGAGGAAGAGCGUUGGAUUAGUGAUAGAAAAAAAAUAGUCUCAUCUGAGGAAGCUCCUAACUCGCUAAAUCAAGCAGAGAGUAUGUUACGUAAACAUGUUGCUGUAGAAAAUGAAAUAAUGGCUCAUGAAGCUCUACUUAAGGGUGUUGACGAACAAGCCUAUCAAAUGGUUGACAAAAAACAUUAUGCUUCAAAAGAUGUAAAUAGUCAACUAACAGCUCUUCACGAAUAUUUUAUAAGUUUAAAGGAAACUGCCAAAACAAGAAAAGAAUUCUUAAAGAUUUGCGUUGAAGUUCAAAGGUUCUUCAGUGAAAUAGAGGAGGCAAAGUCGUGGAUUGCUGAAAAGCGUCAUUUUGUUGAUUCUGAAGAGAACGCUAAAGAUGAGGAUGCUGUUCAAGCCUUAUUAAAAAGACAUGAAGCAAUUGAAAUUGAUAUUGAUAAUUUUCAAAAUACAACUAUUGCUGAGUUGUCGGCAUUUAAGUCCCAGUUGGCCGAAAAUAGUCUCUGUAAACCAGAAGAAACUGAGAAACAAUUUAAAGAGGUUGAAAAAGAGUAUUCUGAAUUGCAACAAGCCUGUAUGACCCGCAGAAUUCGACUAACGAACCAUAAGAGGUUAUUAGAACUUGAGAGAGAAAUAACUGAAGUAGAGAGUUGGCUAACUGAGCGUAUUGCUGUUGCUUCAUCAACUGACUGUGGUGAUGACUUGGAACAUGUUGAAUUGUUACAACAACGUCAUGAUGCUUUCAACAGAGAUCUUGAAAGUGGCGAGGAGCGUAUUACAAAUGUUAACACUAUGGCUAAGAGCCUUUCAAAGGAUGAACCAUCGUAUAAGGCGAAGACUGAUGAAAUGUGCGAACAUGUCAAUCAAUUAUGGACUCAGCUUAACGAUCAGACUAGCGCCAGAAGAGAAACUCUUAUUGAUGCUUGGAAAGUACAUGCUUUCGUUAGAGACGCUGAUGAUGCUCUGGAAUGGAUUGGUGAAAAAGAAGUUUCAGCAUCGAGUACCGACUACGGAACUGAUCUUUUAAGUGUUCAAGAUCUAUUAAGUAAACUCUCCACCCUUCAACAAGAUCUGUCUGCCUUAACAAAGAGAGUUGAAGAUAUAUCAGACAGAGCCAGUACUUUGAGAAAAGAGCUUUUAUCUGAUGCCCAAGAAGUAGUUAAGGCUAAACAUGAAAGUUUAUUGACUGCUUGGAACGCGUUGUUAAGUUGUGCAAAAGAGAGAAGAAAAAAAUUGUUACAAGCAGAAAAUGUUCAACUAUAUUUGGAUGACUAUAGAGAAUUAAGAGCUUGGUUAGGAGAAAUGGAAGCAAUAAUGUCGACUGAUGAGCUUGCAAAAGACCUCGCAAGUGCUGAUGCUCUCUUGGAACGUCAUAGGCAUCAUAGGGCUGCUAUUGAUGCGCGUGAACGUUUAAUUUUGAAGUUUAUGAAUAGAGGAAAAGAUCUCCUGAUUCAAGGACACUUCUUAUCCAAUGUUAUAUCAGAAAAAAUGAACAAAUUAGAUGCCCAUUAUAAGAGAGUUUUAGAUGAAUGGAAUAGACGUCAGUCUUUGUAUGAACAGAGUAGAGAUCUCUUAGAGUUAUUCCGAGAUAUGGAUUCACUGGAAGCUUGGCUGGCUUACAGAGAAACAGCUUUGACCGAGGGAGAUCUUGAUGAUAUUAAAUCUAUUGAAAGAAUAGAAGAAGCCCUCCGAGCUCAUGAAGACUUCUCUCAAGCAGCUGAGGCUUAUGGUGAAAAGUUUAGUAAGAUUAAGAGGCCUACCCUGAUUGAAAAAACAGAAGAAGAAAGAAUUGAAAAGGAAAAGAGCACUGCAGCUAAAAAGCUGGAAGAUGAUAAGAAACAAGAUGUUAGAAUGAAGGAGCAAAGAAGACUAAUGCAAGCUAGAAGGAAAAGUGAUAUAGCUAUUUCACCAAGAGCAUCUAUUUCUCCUAUUAACAAAAUCGCUGUCGUUGAUGUUAAUUACAGCGAUGACAACACGGAAAGAGAAAACGAGGGAAUACCACAGAGAAGAUAUGAUCAAACACCAACAACUAACGAGGCAAUUCAAACACCAGUCAUCACACAAACCACCGAAAGGGUAAUUGGAACUCCGCUUCCUGCUCCAUCUGAUUUGAACGCCAACAAGGUAACAAGAGCAGACAGCCUUGGUAAGCCAGAAAGAGGUUUACGAGUAAGUGAGCAAUGGGCUGCUGAUCAACCCCAGGCUAAACCGAAGAAAGCAAGAAAUAUCAAGAGAACGUUAUCGUUGAGAACUCGCCGCCAUUCGCUGAAAGAAGCUCCUGAAUUACCUCCGGCCGAUAUAAGGGGUUACGUUGAGCGAAAAAUGGAAUUACAAAUCGGCGGAAAGAAAGCUGCCGUCCGGAAUUGGAAACUUCACUAUACAGUUUUAUGUGGACAUUUGCUUGCUUUCUUUAAAGAUGAGACAGCUUGUGCUGAAACGAUAGCUAAUAUCCCUCCGAUAAAUAUUUACUCAGCCAAAAUUGAAGCAGCAAGAGACUACACGAAGAAAAAGCAUGUCUUGAGAAUAAAAGUUAAAGACGGUUCUGAAUUUCUGCUGGCUUUUGAUUCUCAGAAUGACUGCUUGGAAUGGAAUAGAGCCUUAUCCCUUAGAGCAGCUCUAGAACCAUCUAAACAAUUGCAAGAUAACACUGAAGCACCAACGAGUCCAGCUCCACCUCAAAGUCCAUGCUCUUCAAACGCAUCAUCGACAAAAUCGCCAGCACCUCCUAUACCUCCAGAUCAUACAAAUCCGUUUGCUCAAGCAAACAAUCCAUUUGUUGAACCUGGUAACCCGUUCCCACCCUCUCCAGGAGUUAAAACUCCAGUUGAUAACAGGAUCUCUGACGAGAAUGCAUCAUCAUGUAAGGAAGAAAGUGAUGAUGAUGAUAAUGAUGAUAAUGAUGAUGUUGAAAGUGAUACGGAUCCGACAGGAGGAUUAUCAACUGGUUCUAGCAGAAGGAAUUACAGUAAUGGAGACUCAGAUCCCCGUUCGCAUACUCUGCCAAUAACACCCAAAUCAGAUGGUUCAACUGAAAGCGAGGAAUUAUCGUCCCUAACACUAGAAAGAAGGGGAAGUAAACAGUCCACAAAAGAGAAAAAGCGUUUCCCAUUCGGAAGCAUAUUCAAAAAGAAGAAACACGAUAAAUCCUAG